AUGUCUUCUUCAGACUCUGCUGAUAACAUUUCCAAGUGGGAGGAACGUGUAUACAUAAACAGUGGAAGAAAGUUUUUCAAACCUAAAGUCAGUGGAUCCAUUACACCUGCUGUUGGAAUGUUUUUUAAGUCAUUUGAUGAGGCUUUUGCGUUUUAUCAGAGAUAUGCACUUGUUGCAGAUGAAGAUAUUCAUUUCUUGCCGGCUGCCAGAAGUAUCGAUUAUGUGAAAGAAAGUUUUAUAUCUGGAUUGUCUGCAAUCAAUAUUGGACCUGUUAAAGCAUUCAAUAUUAUGAAAACAAUGUAUGGUGGUUUUGGUGAAGUUGGUGCUAGUAAAGUUGAUUGUAAGAAUUAUAGAAGGGAUUUGAAUCUUUACAUCGGAGAGUAUGAUGCAGAAAUGGCUGAUGAGCAAUCAAAAACAAAUUAUAUAGUGUUUGGUGACAUAUUUGGUUUUGAUGCUACUUAUAAAUCAAACAAGUAUGAUUUGGUUUUUGUACGAUUUACUGGUAUUGAUAAUCAUUUUAGGAAUGUCACAUUUGGUGGAGCGUUACUUGGUUCGGAGACUGCAGAUUCUUAUAGAUGGCUUUUAAGGUGCUUUGUUAAUGCUUUUGGAAGUGAGCCUAAAGUUGUUGUUACUGAUCAAGAUGCUGCAAUGAAUAGAGCUAUUAAGGAUGUACUUUCAAGAAGUAGGCAUAGGUUAUGUAUGUGGCAUAUAUGGGAGAAAUUGAAGACAAAGGUUGGUCCUGUUUUGUCAGCAAACACUGAUUUUAAUACAAGAAUGACUCAUGUUGUUUGGAAUGAUACUAUUAUUCCAGAAGAUUUUGAAACUGAGUGGCAUUCAAUAAUGUCUACUUUUGGAUUGGAAAAUCAUGAGUGGUUAAAAGAUAUGUACGAUCUUCGAUUUGAUUGGAUUCCUGCUUAUUACCAUGGAGAGGAUUUGGCUGGUCUUAUGCGUACUACGUCAAGAUGUGAAAGUGAGAAUUACUUCUUUGGUCAGAUUUGCAAUCCAAGAUGUACACUUGUUGAAUUUUUCACUCAUUUUGAGACUGCAAUGGAUAUUCAAAGGCAUGAAGGAAUGAUCAUGAUACAAGGUAUAUUGAGUGUGCAAUACAGCAAACAAGAAGAUGGUUUAAGUAUAAAUUGUUCUUGCAAACGGUUUGAACAAUUUGGUAUAUUGUGCCGCCAUAUAUUUUACGUAUUACGGUAUGAUGAUAAAACUGAGUUUCCUAGAAGAUAUGUUCAUAGAAGAUGGAUGAGAGAUGUUGUUUCAGUUGGAUCAAAUCAUUCCAAUAUUCGGUUUGAUGAAAUUGGUAGGAAUAGUGAAAUUGAUAAAGUUUAUAGAGAAAUCGUUGUUGCAAAUGAGUAUGUGGUUAAUAGGCUGGUUGGCGAUUUAGAUGAGCUGUGUCGUUACAGGGAUCAUAUUAAAAGUUAUAUUGAUAAAGCGGAUGAGGUUAUGGUUGCUUCGCCGCCUCCUAGUCGCAAAGAAAGAUUUGCUGAUAUUGGAGGGAACUUAGAAAAAUCAGAUUCUAUGAUUCGUGUCCCGAUCAAAAUAAGGACCAAAGGAUGCGGUGUACAAAAAAGGAUCAAGUCUAAUCGUGAGAUUGCAAUUCAGAAAUCAUCAAAGAUCCAGAAAUCGUGUCGUGUAUGUGGUGGAAAAGGACAUAACAGUCGCACAUGUAAAGAUAAGGUUUCUUCUAAUGCUAUAGGUUCUAGCAAUGCAAUGUAA